UGGUUAUACUUGGCAUCCGAAUCCAAGGUCUUUAGGGAUCUUAGUGCGCCCCUGAGUCCACCUAACUCUAAUGGGUACCUGACUUAAGUUGGGGGAAAAGUAAAGGCGGUUGGUCGUUGUGCUGGCCACAUGACACCCUCCUCGUUAACCUUGGACAAAGAAACAGAUCAUUUUAACAUCAUCUUCCCUGAAAGGGAACUUUACUUUUAUCUUAAUAUCGCGUUGUUAGAAGAAUCUUAUUCAAUUCAAAACUGUUGAAAGCCCUUUCGGGAAAAUCAAAGAUGAGACGAUGAUGUUGAAAUGGUGAGCUGUUUCAAUGUGAACUCGAAAUGUCCUUCAAGUUAAUGUCAUUUUAUUUUUCCAUAAAGCAAGCAGGCUCAUGCACAAUAAAAGUUAAUGUAGAUUUUUGAAAUAUUAAGUCCAGAUCUAUACACAUAUACCACGUACAGCUUGUUAUGGGAAACAGGUGUUUGGUAGUCUAACAGUUGAUUUAGAAUCGAUCGGUAAGGUUUAUUAGUAUGAUUUAUGUAGGUGGAAAUGGAGGGUGUGUGUGUGUUUAUCAUGAUGUGAUGGAGGGAGAAAUCGGAUAGAUGAAUUGAGCAUAUGCGCGAGCAUAGGAGUCUGAUGUGUAGUGUGUAUUUGUACAUUUUUACGUGAUUUAUUUUGGCUACACAACAAACAAAUACUGAUUGAAAUACUUGCGAGGAGACCAAGAAGACUGAACGACAAAUAAUUCAGAAUGACUUUUCCUAAGAGAAUGAUUUUAAGUUUGACACUUGCAGUAUUACUACUAGGAAUAACGAAUACUACCAGCCUGACAGGAACUACAGAAACCACCAUCAUGCUAUCUGAUUCUGCAACCAUCAUGCCAUCUGGUUCUGCAACCAUCAUGCCAUCUGGUUCUGGAACCAUCAUGUCAUCUAGUUCUGAAACCGCCCAAACCGUUAGUACUAUGAGUACCUCGGCAUCUGCAACAUUUUCAAUAUCUCCUUCCUCAACCGACUCAACAUUAAGAACUGAUUUGGCGGAUGCCAGUUCUUUAACCCCUCUCCUGACCACGUCAAACACCCAACCGGUCGACCCAGUCAUUACAAGCACUGCACCCGUCUACACCACCUCGGGGACAAUCUCCACGUCGGCUUCAGAGACAGCAACACCACCUAUGACGAGCCAGGGCGUCGCGUCUACCUCUUCCAUGAUCGACUCUCCUCAAGUGAACCCAACCACGACAGUCAGUACUCAAACACCUGCAACAACGAGCGUGUCUCAUGUCGUGGACCCGUCGUCAAUUCAGCCCUCUUCCACAGCCUCGGAGUUGCCAUCCUCAUCAGUUUACGUCGAGACAACCACACCCGCACCCAUUACAACCACGACUCCCACAACCCCUAGCACUACGGUGAAACCUGCCCUACCUCACAACACUGACAGCGCUUACUACAUACUGACGUUGAAUGUCACAUACAACCGCAACCUACCUUCAGACAUCUACUACACCAACGACAGCUGGAAUCAAGUAGAACUCAACACUGGGCUAAAUAAACUACUGUCCAAUCCUCUAUGGGCCUUAUCUUUGGAAAAAGACGUUGGAUCAGUCUACCCUUUGCGGAUAAGAGUUUCUUAUUCAAGCUUAACAAACAAUAAUCUAAGUCAAAGUUUUGAAGAGACACUAAACAACAUAAAUGACACUGUUGAGUUUGACAUUGGGUCUUCUGUUGCAAGUAUGCUGUCUAAGUUUGAUGGCCUGAUCUCUAGCCCGUGCAACGCCAUCAACAUUUGUUACCUGGGUUUUUAUUGCAAACCGGAUGGGUGCCAACACUUAUGUCAGGACGAAACAUGUAACGGCCACGGCCAGUGCGUCGCUGACGUAGGAAUGGACAAGACAGCCUCCACCAAAUGCAUCUGCGAUGACAGCUACGACACUGAGUACUAUGGUGACAAAUGUGAGAGCUCUCGAACCGGAAAGUUACAGAUCAUCGCCAUCAUUUCCGGCGUUUUGGGAGCCGCCAUCUUGGUUCUGUUCAUCGCUCUACUGAUUUCUUGCUGUGCAGGAAAAAGAAGGGGCUCUUCAAAAGAAUAUGACUUUGCUAGAAAGUAUGACAACGGCGCAUAUGAUAAUUCUGACAGAUAAAUCAUUUAUCCUGGAGAAAUACUUUGUUUAAGACAUCAUCUAUAUACAGAGAGAAAACAGAGAAGUAGCAUCAAUGUUUCGUAACUCAUCAUUACUGUAACAACAUUCCAAUAACAUUUGUUUUUCUUACGCCAAUCAAUUUUGUUUUUAUUUUUCUGUUAUUCCCCACUGAGUUGGCAGUCGGGGGUGCCAAAUGUUAUACGAGAUGACACAUUCCACGGUGGUUACAAUUUAAAAUUUAUAUGGUUGUUCCAAAAUGUUUCUUCAUUUUUGUUAUGUGUUCUUAACUGAAGUAUUUUGGAAGAUCCAAAUAUUUGUUAGUUGCAACCUUGAAAGUGGUUUCCUCAUAAAGAUUAAGAUUUGUACUUUUUUAACAAUACCAAAAAAAUUAUUUAUUUAUUUAAAUUACUUCAACUAUUUUUAAAACAUUUUUUUUCAAAAAUUUACUUUUUUUCCAUAAUUCUUUUCAUGCUCUAAAGACACUAGCAAACUAUUACAUUUCCCAAUACUAGAAACAAAUCCAAAAUAUACUAUUACUUACAUUCAAAAGUAGUAUAAGUUUUUCAAAUGUAAAUGUUGCAUUCACAUUUCAUUUAAAUUGUUUUUAUUUCUUGCCUUAGUUUUUUUCUUCUUCUCUUAUCGUUUUCAUUGCCAAAAAUAGUUGAAAGUUGUUCAAUUUACUGUACAAGUAUUCUUGUGGCUUUUUUUUCCCUAUUUAUUUAUUUGUUACAAUUUUUUUCUUAAAAUUUGUCGCAUGUGACUUAAGAUGAAAGGAUUAAGUGCUUAUGAAUGAGUAUAUGAUUAUUUUUGAAUAAGUGUCUUGCAUUGAAAUAUAUUGCAUGUGAAAAAAUAGAAUUACUAUCCACUCUGUUCUUGGAAAACAUUUGUUGGUACCCCAUGUGGUCUACAAAAAUGAGCAUACAAACCAUAUCGCUGGUAGUGUCUUUCUCAAUGCUGCUGUUUUGAAAUCAAAGAAUUGGCACAGAGUAACUCCCUUCUUUAUGUUUAAUAGUUCAUAGGUUUCGAUUGUCCUACCUAACGAAACCCAUUUCUUAUACAAUUUCCACAUUAUUUAUUUGCUGUACUAUUUUCUAGGAACUGCAACAAUAACUUGUAUACACAUUAACUACCUUCUUUGUUAACUUUUCGUUGUCGGUUUACACUUUUUAUAGCAAAAAUACAGCAAUAUCGAGAAAGAUGAGAAAGUGAUAUGUAGUAAUGAUGGUGGUUAUAAAGUUACCUAAAGAAAAACAUAAGCACAUAAAGAGAGAAAGAUUGGGAGAGAUUAUACAAUAAAACAAGUACAUGCCAACUAAUAAAAAUUACAUUGUAGUGAAAGAGCUAAAUGUAUUAUUACGUACACACCAGGAUGGCUAGAUAUUUUAGUUCUAAGCUAGAAAUAAAUGGGUUUGGAAGCCAACAGAAAAUGUAUCAUAUAAUAUAAUAGCAGCAUUUCGAUACAAUGGUUUUUGUGUGUAGAAAGGGGAGGUUACUAGGAAAACUGAUAAGCCAGAGGAACACUCCAAUAACGGACCCCUGUCCCUACUAUAGAGGCAGUAGUGUUAUAGUAUAAUGUAGUAAUCUGAGGGCUUUCAAAACUGAUGAUUAGUAUUUUUUUUUUAUCAAAUCCUGUGGUUUAGUACGUGCUUAGGUGUACUAUGUGGUCUUUUACCAAGUUUAGUCUUUUAUUCACGUCAAUAUCCGUUAGAAACCUAGAAAAUCAUCCUCAAUGGGUACAUGUUGUACAUCUAGAACUAGCUUACUUUUGUAAAGUUGAUCUACAAAUCUCAGAAUCUGAUACGUGGUUUUGUAAAUGUGGAAAAAAAAAGUACAUUCAAUUUCUAGACAGACCUUGGUCAUGUAAACGUUAUAUCUUCCUACAACGUUAGUGGGUUAUGGCUCUUAGCUCUCUCAUAGCACAAUCGGUGAACAAACAAGCCCACACGUAUACAGACACACAGAACUGAUAUAAUGUUGGCUCUCCCUAAUAGCCUCCCUUGUCACGUCUUGUUUUUCUAGUUUCUCAUCGUGUGCAAGGUAUCAAUAUACUCGUCAACACACAAUACCACACACGCACCCUGGGGUGCACACAUCUCCACAUUUUUCCAAACGCUAAAAAAUGAAACUGCCACUUCUCGUGAACUUAUUUUUAUUAUGCAAAUUACCCGAAACUAUGAACACGGUUAUAUGUAUCUCCUCUCCCCUUUUUUUUUUCUUUCCCUAUUAUUUUAUUGGCUUGCCAUAUUCUCGUAUUCUCCAUAAUUAAUAUACUUAUUAUAAUCUUCAUUUUGCUUGUAGGAAUCAUAUAAUAAGGUUACUGUAGGAAUUAUAUAAUAAGGUUAUUUUUUGUGAUACUUCUUUUUAAACAUGAAAUCGAUGUAAAAUAGACCAUGCAUAUAUUAUUUAUAUACCAUUAAUGUAAGUACUGAUUUCUAAAUGUUGUCUAGACAUAUAACCGCUGAAGCUCUGCAGAUAAACUGAUUUGAUCCGUUAAUGUGCGUAAUUCGCAUUUUACUUCACGUAAUAUUCAUACCGUUAAAGAUGAGGACGGCGGUUAGGGUUAAGGAUUAGGAUUAUGGGGUAGGAUUAGGGUUAGGUUUAGUGAUUAGGAUAAAAAUGAGGGUUAUAAUAGGGUAGGACCAAAUGAAAAACAAUUACUACUCAUAAAUGUUCAGAAUUUCCCGAUCUGGGUUCUGCGAAACCUUAGUGUUCCUCGAGGCCUGAAUAGAUGUUCCACGAACUACUGGAAAAAUUUACUAGUAGGCUACCACGUGACUUAAUCUCUCUGUAUAAUAGCUAAAUGAGGACCGUUCACACUCACAAAGUGGUAAGUGCUCUGUAAAUGAAAAAAGUUUGAGAAUCACCGUUAUGAUGUUAUUAAUUUUACUUUGUAUAAGUGUCAGAAAAAAGUUGGGUAAAAAGUAGGUACCUACGAAUUCAUAUUUUAGAUCUUACUUAAUUGGAUCCGUUUCCCAUGUCCUAUUUGUGGAACAUCAGAAGUUUGUCUAGGAUCUCAAUUUCCAGUCCUAUCACAUCUUGCAUGCCCAGGAUGAGUUGUUAAGAUCUAGAUUCAGAUUAUUGUUAAAUUGGAUCAAACGAUUUAUUUCUCUGUUUCCGAACAUAAAAUAAAGAUGCAAUAAUAUCCGCGCGUUUUGAGAAAUGUAAUACCUCCAUUGUGUUAGAUCGAUGCUGCCAAUAUAGGCGUUUUGUGCUAUCUAGAUAAGUAUUAGUUGUGUAGUCCUUUAAAGUCUUUCAUUUAUAUUUUCUAAAACUUUGAAUCCCUUUGAUGUCUUCCAGUACUACUAAUUGUUUGGAAAUUUCGUGUUUUAUUUUUUAUUUUCGUACUAUUCAUGAUCAUGUUGAAAGUUUCAAUAUUGUCUGCCAUUUUAAGCUUUGUUGUCUAAAUGUCAUAAAUAAAACUCUGUCAAAGUGAAUACAUGAUUACCAUUGGUCGGAGCCUGGGUCGAUGACAAAGACUCAGUGCCUAUUUCGUUCGAUUUGUUUUAAGACCUUUGAUUUGGGAAACUGAUUUAUUCUCUAGCUCUAAGAUUUAAAAACAAUAGCAGGGUUUGACUUGGUUAUGAAGUACCAUCCUUGACUCAUGGUUUCUGUCCUCUGACACAGAAGAAUUCGGUAUUUAACAAUUGAAAAUCUUUGUCGUUUGCACCUGUCAACGGUAAUUUUUUUUUUUUUGGGGGGGGGGGAGUAAUGGCAUUUCUCACUAAAUCUGUAUAGUGAUAUUACAUGGGGACAAAUAAGGUUAGACGUGCUUUUAUAGCAAGAGGUUAAUAUUAACGUUAAAAACAUUGUAUGUAACUCUACACCUAGCAUAACAGAAACAAAAGUAAAGGAUUAAGUGUGAUCCUACUCAGUAUUGUUUUACUGCAUGGGACUUUGUUUCUGUUAUGCUUAAUGACGAGUACCUGUAUUCUGAUAUAAGUUAUAUACUUUGUAACAUUUGUUUCAUUUGUAAACAAAAAAUACAUUUCCAGUUGGCAAUAAACACUGUGAGUGGUUCUCAAUUGUUAAGUCUUCAUGGCCACAUAAAGUAUGCCUAGGAAAUGAACCACGAAUGAAACUUAAUUCCAUUAAAAAAAAUGCUGAUGUAGAUUUUGAUGUCUACGAGGUUGAAUGGAGAACCUGUUGACUCUCUGACAUGGUUCUAUCUCAUAUCACUCGCCGAAAGAUGAAGGAUUCUAGCCAAACACUUAAGUCCAAGCAGAAGUGACUUUGUCCUAACUAUUUAUCGAGUAUUCAAGCCUUUAACGGAAGUACAAAUAUUUCAUGCUUUAAUGAAACGUGACAGCUCAUUGCUGCUAGAUAAAUGUUCGUCUUACUUAUUCCAAAUUCAAUAGUAAACAUUAUUUAAAAUAUGUAGACACUCUUGCCAACUGUGGUCAGAAGUCAUAACGCAAGACAGUUCAAUGUUAGUAAGCCGCUCUACUGAGACCUAUUUCUUCUAUCAUAUUUUUUAAAAAUAUUUAUCAAGCAUUUAUAUAUGUUCUUCCAAACAUUAUACCAAUGUAAGUUGUUGCUAUGUUUGUUUUACGUGACACGUUCAAUUCAAUGUACAAAAGACGUUGUUUCAUUGUGCUAGUAGGUCUGUACAUUGUUUUCAUGUGAAGUCUAUUACAUAUUGUUAUUUCUAUGCAACAUUAAAUGUAUUGUGAUCUAUACUCUUGUAUAAUAUAAUGCAAACUUCAUGUGUCUGAAUGCGUUACUGGGUCCUGUAGUAUACGAUAAAUGUGGACACAAUGUAAAUCAUCCUAUUUUUGUGUUGUAUUCAUUUGUUAUAUAUUUAUAUUCCAAACUUUAACAUUCCUGACAUUGAUUUUAAAAUGUAUUGAAAUUAAAGAUUUAAAAUUUGA